CUCCGCCCACACGAGCUUGCAUAGAGCAUGACAUCAAGGAAACCUGGGGUUGGUAGUGAUCCAACGAGUGGUACUACGCUUGCUGCCGACCCUCGUCUGUCCCAGAAGAGUAUUUGAGGAAUUCACCUGUAUCACACAAAUGGAAACUAGACAACAAGAAUUGUACUCUAGUGUUAUGAGUGAAGCAGUUGUGGACUGGGGCAACAUGGGCCCCGGAGAGGAAUGGGUUAACUCAGCCACUCAUGAGGGAGAGCAGGUUCGGAGGAGCUCUUAUGGGGAGGACUUGGCUCCAUUGGUUGAAAAUGGGGAAAACCUGGAAGAAUGGGGUAAAACCUCACCACCAGGGCAGGAUCAGUGGUGUCACACAUCUGUGUCCCACCAUGACAACUGGGUUAUGUCCACCACUUGGGAUAUGCAGCUGAUCAGCACAGAGAGAGGACACCUCGCUGAAGGAUUCCUUGACUCUGAACCUCUGAGAGAGGCAGAUGAAGAGUUAGUUUCAGAAGUGAAUCUGAACAACUCCAUCUUGACAGAGGAGGAGAGAGAAGAGAUACAGCAAGAGCUGGCUAAACUGGAAGAGGAGAUCAGUACAUUGAAGCAAGUUUUGUCAUCGAAAGAGAAGCAGCAUUCAGAACUUAAACAGAAGCUGGGCAUCACUCCUUUGAGCGAGCUCAAAAACAACUUCAGCAGAGGCUGGCAUGACAUGCAGACGUCCACGGCCUACAAGAAGACAUCAGAGACGCUGUCCACAGCAGGACAGAAAACCACAGCAGCCUUCAGUAACCUCGGCAACGCCAUCACCAGGAAGUUUGGUGACAUGAGACCCAACGCAGUAGGUUACUCUGUCAAACACUCUAUGAGCAUGCCCACCAUGAGAAACUCCCCCAGCUUCAAGUCUUUUGAGGAGAAAGUUGAGAGUACAGUUUAUAGUAUCAAGACCAAGGUUGGAGGUGCAGGGACUGGAGGCAGUUUUGAGGAAGUCCUCUCGUCUGCAGCGAAUGCCAGCUCCCAGGAAACGCCCACCAACAACUUGACGGACAGCUCUGAGAGGCCGUGUUAGAGUUACACCUGCACCGCAAGGCAGGAUUUGAACCAGAAACUGUAUCUCUGCUGUAUCACAGCACUUUCCUGUUUAUUUACUCAAAGUUCUGACUGAAAUGGCACACGAUGCUCUCAUUUGAUCAGUAUAGACAAUCUUGUGAGUCUCAUGGCACUUUGAUGAAAUUCCCUGCAAUCCCACAAUAUUAGAGUUGACCAAAGUAAUGUUUGCUUUACUUUUGUUUUUAAAUGAUCAGAACAGCUGUUUCUAAAAACAGACAGGAGUUAAUGAGACCUCACCAGGAGAAUACUGGAUGCAAUGAGACUUUAGUGUUUUUUUUCUACAUUUACAGUGUGUCUAGGGGUUCUUGGUGGAUUUGACAUCAGCAAUGAUAAAUGACAUCUGUGUUCCAACUAGCAGUUAAACAAUAAGUAACAUGAAAGGAGGAUGAGCAGAUUUUUUUUAUUUUUUUUGUAAAGACAAGAUGAAAUAACCAUGUUGGAUCAACAGAAAGUUAUCAACACAAAAAACUCUAAUAAUAAUAAUAAA